GCGGUGACGUACAAUACAUGCGACGACUCCUCAUGUUACGUUUUCGCUGAAAUUUUGCCGCACUAAUUUUGUUUUGUAAAUAAUUACAUAAGACGUAAAAUACCCGCAAAACAGUCUUGACAUGAAUAGUCGGUUGCAAGAAAUACGAGAAAGGCAGAAGCUCCGACGACAGCUUCUCGCACAACAGCUCGGGGCAGAGAGUCCAGACAGCAUUGGUGCAGUUCUCAGCAGUAAAGACGACCUGAAAGAGAUCGAAGAGACGAGAGAAACAUGCAGGUCAUCAUUUGAUACAUCAGUUCCCUCUGUAAAAAGAAAGAACGAGGGUGAGGAUCCAGAAGAGGAUGUGGAGCAAAAGGAGCAGAAGGAAGUUGUUGAGCCUCAGCAGCAGGAAGAGAGCGGGCCGUAUGAAGAGGUGUACAAAGACUCAAGCACAUUCCUAAAGGGGACACAGAGUCUAAAUCCUCACAAUGACUACUGCCAGCACUUCGUAGACACAGGCCAUAGACCUCAAAACUUCAUCCGAGAUGGAGGUUUGGCGGACAGGUUUGAAGAGUACCCCAAACAAAGAGAGCUAAUCCGGCUAAAAGAUGAGCUCAUUGCUGCCACCAACACCCCACCCAUGUAUCUGCAGGCAGAUAUGGACACGUUUGAUCUGAGAGAUCUGGGGUGUAAGUUUGAUGUGAUUCUGAUAGAGCCCCCAUUAGAGGAAUAUUACAGAGAGUCAGGCAUCAUUGCCAACGAGCGCUUUUGGAAUUGGGAUGAUAUCAUGAAGCUGGAUAUAGAAGAAAUAUCAGCUAUUCGCUCUUUUGUCUUCCUUUGGUGUGGAUCAGGAGAAGGCCUUGAUCUCGGUCGAAUGUGUCUCAGGAAGUGGGGUUUUAGGCGAUGUGAGGACAUUUGUUGGAUCAAGACUAACAAAAACAACCCUGGCAAGACCAAAACGCUGGACCCUAAAGCUGUGUUCCAGAGGACCAAGGAGCACUGUCUGAUGGGCAUCAAAGGAACAGUUAGACGGAGCACAGAUGGCGACUUUAUUCAUGCUAAUGUGGAUAUAGACUUGAUCAUUACAGAAGAGCCAGAGAUGGGAAAUAUUGAGAAGCCAGUGGAGAUUUUUCACAUCAUUGAACAUUUCUGCCUCGGCCGUCGACGCCUGCACCUGUUCGGCAGAGACAGCACCAUCAGACCAGGUUGGCUGACUGUGGGUCCCACGCUGACCAAUAGCAACUUUAAUGCAGAAGCGUACUCUGGCCACUUUGGUGAGCCCAACUCUUAUUUGUCUGGUUGUACUGAGGAAAUUGAGAGACUCCGCCCCAAAUCCCCACCUCCUAAAUCCAUGUCAGAAAGGGGUGGGGGGGCACAGCGAGGAGGAAGAGGCGGUCCAUCUGCUGGAAGAGGAGAUCGUGGUCGAGAGAGAAACAGGCCAAACUUCCGCGGAGAUCGAGGUGGAUUCAGAGGCCGGGGUGGUCCACAUCGUGGAUUUAAUCCACGAUAAUGUACAGCAUGCCUUUUUCAUGUGACUGAAAGCAGAAUUGUGAUUUGAUUUGUGAUAUUUUUGUAUCUGAAACGUGAAAUAAGUUUCCGUAGGAUUUAUAUUGUUUAAUUAGUGUAUCAUUUGUAGGAAUACAUUUUAAUGAAUGUUAAAUUACAUAAUAGCAGAGCUAAGUAAUAGCUCAUCUGGGAUGACAAACUCACAGAUGCAUUACAACGUUUUAACCUUAUGACUCAUUAAACCUACGUUUUAUAAUGAAAAAAAAAUUAAAGCAUUGUUUUGAAUUUUUUAUGA